CGUAGGUCCAAUCAGCGGCGGCGUUGCUUUUGCGACUCCACGUCGGCACCAGCUGCGGGGCAAGAUGGAGUCGCUGAUCUUGGAACCCUCCCUGUACACGGUCAAGGCCAUCCUCAUCCUGGACAAUGACGGAGACCGACUCUUUGCCAAGUACUAUGACGAGACCUACCCCAGUGUCAAGGAGCAAAAGGCCUUUGAGAAGAACAUUUUCAACAAGACCCACCGAACCGACAGUGAAAUCGCCCUCCUGGAAGGGAUGACAGUGGUCUACAAGAGCAGCAUCGAUCUCUAUUUCUAUGUGAUCGGCAGCUCCUACGAGAAUGAGCUGAUGCUCAUGGCUGUCCUGAACUGCCUCUUCGACUCCCUGAGCCAGAUGCUGCGGAAAAAUGUGGAGAAGCGAGCCCUGCUGGAGAACAUGGAGGGGCUCUUCUUGGCUGUGGAUGAGAUCGUAGACGGCGGGGUGAUCCUGGAGAGUGACCCCCAGCAGGUGGUGCACCGGGUGGCACUAAGGGGUGAAGAUGUGCCCCUCACGGAGCAGACGGUGUCUCAGGUGCUGCAGUCAGCUAAAGAACAGAUCAAGUGGUCGCUCCUGCGGUGAAGAUGCCCCGUGCCCGGCUCCCGCACCCUCCCAACACUCCACACGUCUGCUGUGACUUCUCAUCCAGACCCUCAACUGAUGCUCUCAGGGUCCUCUCUGGGAUUAGAGGGACCCUUAAUCCCCCCACUCCACUGGGUGGUGGUUUGCCCCCCCCCCACCCCGGCUCCCGUUCCUCCCCUGUGUGUGUGCUGUUCUGCGGUAAAGCUCCCGGUGGAGCUGGGCACACGCGGCCUCGGAGGCACCUCUCUCCUUGGACACUGGAUUUUGCUCCCAAACCUUCCUACACCACCGCCGCCCCCCACCCCGAAAAAAAAAAUCUUACUCCUCAACUUCUGUGCCCUUUGCUGCAGCUACACUUCAGAUCAAAGCAGGAGAAAGAAUGUGCUGAGUGUUUUCCUCCCUCUGCCUUUGCCAUCCCAGCAGCCCAUAUGUCUGUCCGGCCGGAGAGAGAAUUCCUCUCCGGGAAGGGUGGGGGGAGAGGCCGGGCCAGUCUCAGCCGCAGGCCCGCUUCACUGGCCUCGUCCUUUUCUCCCACGCCUUCUUUCUGCGCCCCGCGAGCAGCAGGCAGGGGACAGAGUGGAGGCGCGGGGACUGAAACUAUUGAAGGGGCCUGGUGCGAAUUCUGCAUUUCAGGCGCAGCUGCAUUCUCUCCCCCAUCCCGGUUUCUCGCGUCAGAACUGCUGUAGUCUGGGAGGUGGCCGAGGGAGUGUCCGUCUUCUCGCCCACCUUUUCUGCCAGUUGGGAUCUCUGCCCGACUUGUCCUCUCUCUGGGCCCUGGAGCCGAGCCAGUCCCCUGGACUGAAGCCCCACUCCAGUCUUGGGAGGAAGAGGAGUUUCUGCUCAGAACCGGGGGAGAGACUGAAAUUUAUGGCUUGGGCCUCUGGGCGCCCCCAGGCCCCGCGGCUCCCCCACAUGCUUGCGUUUCUCUCCUCUGCCGGGCCGCAGGCUCCGCUGCUGCUGCUGGAAGGAGUCUCCACACUACCUCAGCCUGACAGCUGGGCCCGGCCCGGCUAGGUUGCUGAGAGGUGAGGUGCCUUUCUCUCCAAGGCCCGGCACUGGCAUUUCCCCAAGAAGCAGGAGAAUGGAAUACUCACUCUCGGCUCUGAUCACACGCACACACUCUCUCUCACACACACACACACACACACACACACACACGCAUACACACACACACACGCAUACACACUCACACACACGCACACACUUUCUGGAGACCUCAGCAUUCUACCCCACCCACAUAAACCACACACACACACACACACACACUCUCUUCCCAGAGACCUCAGCAUUCUACCUUACCCACAUAAACCACAGACACACACACACACUCACACACACACACUCUUCCCGGAGACCUCAGCAUUCUACCCCACCCACAUAUUGCCAGUCCUUCGUGACUGAAGGGGGAGUGGUGGGCACAUUGAGGAGGCCUUUUUGUGCAAAAGAGAUAGUCCAGAGUCAGGAGCUCGCCCCCUUCGUGUACUGCGCUGUGCAGAGAGGAAUAAAACAGGUUUCUUUUUCCAAA